AUGGUGCUCAAGCUAUCCUUCGCAUGCUGGGAUUACGACCGGAUGAAAGCCAUUGAAGAUGGAAGAGUCCAAGCAGAGGGAAUUGAGCUCACCUUUCUCAACUAUCGGGUCGAGGAGACCUUCUUCCGCCAACUUCGAUUCCAGGAAUUCGACCUUUCUGAACUUUCCUUGUCCUCUUAUGUUCUUACCCUGAACCAAGAGAAUCCACCAUUUAUUGCCCUACCAGUCUUCCCAUCACGCUUCUUCCGGCAUCAAUCGAUGUACAUCAACUCCAAAGCCGGCAUCAAGAGCCCGGAGGAUCUGCGUGGAAAACGCAUUGGGACCCCCGAGUACCAAAUGACAGCAGCAGUCUGGCAACGUGGAAUCCUGGCUGAAGACUUUGGUGUCCCUCUCUCCAGCGUGCACUUCUACACUGGGGCUAUUGAGCCUUCGGACAAGCCCCGGCAUUCCAAGGUUUCUCACACCUACCCGGCUGACAUCAAAGUCACGGCAAUCCAACCUGGGCAGAAUCUGUCACAGAUGCUGGCUGACGGGGAGCUCGAUGCCAUCUUCAGCGCCACCAAGCCCUCCUCGUUCGACACGUCGCCGGACACGGUGACGCGGCUGUUCGACGACUUCAAAGCCGUUGAAGCCGAAUACUAUGCACGAACCAAGAUAUUCCCGAUCAUGCACGUCGUGGCCCUGAAACGGAGCGUGUACGAGGCUAAUCCGUGGAUCGCAAAGAGCCUGACCAAGGCCUUUGCCAAAAGCCUCGAGAUGGCGUACGAACCCCUGAAGGAGCGGGCGGCAUUGCGGUAUAUUCUGCCGUGGCUGGAGGACCAUGUGGAGGAGACGAAGAAGCUGAUGGGUGGCGAUGAUCGCUGGUGGAAAGACGGCUUCGAGGCGAACAAGCAUGUCUUGGACAAGUUCUUGCAGUAUUCCUUUGACCAGGGCUUGGCCCAGAAGAGGUUCAAGCCCGAGGACCUUUUUGCCCCGAGCACGCUCGAGGACUACGUACUGUGA